CCCUUCAUGGCGAUUGACCUCUUGACGGACGCCUAUUGGAAUGGUCGUCUCAAGCGACUCUAUCGCCACGAUUUAGAGUCGUUCGUGUGGGUCAUGGUGUACUACGCUUGGGCCUUCGACGACGAAGGACUUGAAGCCAUGAUGACGGCCGACUACGAGCAAUGCUGCGUCGAGAAGGCCGCUUUGCUUAUGAACCGGACGAGACAGCGCCCAGACAAUAGGACUGACGAGAGCGCAGACGACGACCCCGAAUACGUCCCGUUCCUUUCCAGGCAGCUUUUGGGCUGGCUGCUGAGUGAGCGCAUGCGGCGGGACACUACAGAGCCUCGCAAUCCAUUCACCAAAAACAAACAGCGAGCUCCCAAAAAGAAACAACUCUUCCCGAAAGGAAACCUCAAACCUCAUCAAGAAGCAAAGCGCGACUUCGAUAGCUUCUGGAAUAAUAUCGAAUAUAUUCGCAAGGCAGUCAAGGAUGCGAAAAUGACGCCUGAGGGGGUCGAAUACUUCAAGUCGCGAGAGAAGAAGCUUAAGGAGUUAAAGAAGUUGAAGGCAUGGCGCAAGUGGGAGGAGGCCGAAAGGAACAGAGCAGCGGAAGCGGAAGAAAUGGAACGGAAGAGGGCUAAGAUGGAGGCGGAUACGGUUGCCCGAUAGUCCGGGGCCGGGCAUUUUUGCACGACGCGCCUUUGACGCGCCUCAGCCAUAUCGCAAACAUGACUGCUACACGUAAAGCACUGGGAACAUCAAAAGAGAGGGAUUAGCAAGCUCAUCGGCCCUCAAAAUUCACGCGAAAGCUCGACGACCUCGGAAAAUGGUAAGCGCCCGGCGCGUUACCGCGACUCGCUCGCUCGGACUCGAAGGCGCAAGU